AUGGCGGAUCCGAAGCCAUUAUGCACACCCGCCGAGCUCAUGCUCAAGGUCAUUCUGGCCGGGACCCUCAGCCACUAUGAGACCCGCGGCCUGAUCGAUGACAAACGCCUUGAGCACAUGCUGGCUGCUGGAAAGCAAAUUCUCUACAAGACACACCAGGAGAGUGAGGUUCGACACAACCUAGGCAUGUCACCCGACAUCUGGCAAGGCCUCACCGAUGUCCUCACUAAAGCGAUCCCGGUCCUCGAAUCGCAAUCCUUUGCGUGGAAGAGUCCGGCUGCGACAUAUGAGCACUCAUCCUCAAACCUCAUUGCGUACAACUACUUCUCGCUGGUGAAAGAUAUCGAACGCCUCAAUGAUCUUUGCACGAUUGCGCGGAACCUACUCGCAACGACGAAGAAGGCGCAAAAUUUGGCUGCUGAGAAGGGCUUCGAUCAACGGAUUCUCGCAUUGAUUGACACAUGUGUGCGGGUUACAGCAAGAGGAUUCGAUGGUGAGACGAAUGCGCGGAAUGAAGAGCGCUGGCAGAAAGUCGUCAACCUUUACAAACGACUCCUGAUUACAUGUCUCCAGUACCUUCAUAACUUUAUCAUGCACAAUGAGCAGCGGAAAAUGGUUCUCUGGCUCGAUUUAUUCGGUUAUCAUUCGACAGCCGACACAAACAUCAUCAAGCCCAAGGAGCCAUUGGAUCAAACAGCUCGAUCAGAGGGCGUUGCGCCUGUUGUCAAGGUCGGAGAGCGUGUGAUAAACCCCCCGAUCCGGGCUCUGUACGACCAGACCGCGGAAGAUCUGCUGCUGGAAACCAUCGCUAAAUUCCCGCGCGAGCCCUCCACGAUCAAGGAAGAGGCUGCGAUGCUGCUUCUGGCAAACAUUAAAGAUCAUAUGGAGAAGAUCCUUGGCAAGGAUUUGACGGAUAUCCAGGAGAUGGGUAGAGACCCGGAGCAGAUCAAGUACAUUCGUGCCGCCCUGACUUCGAUCCUGGGUGCCAAGGUUGAUGGAUGGUCUGACCUUCAAGACCGUGCCCGGGAACUUCCGCCUGCCCUCCCAGAAGAAGAGGAACAUGAAUCCCCCAAGAAGAAAACAAUUCUCACGAUUGACCGUAGCAUGACUGCCGGCUUCCCCCGUCUGUGUUGGUCUGACCUGCCCGAGGCCAACGACUAUGCGUUGGACGCACCCGUGACGGAGGACGACACAAGUAUGACCCGAUCAGCUCAAUCUGCCGCCGAGACCCUGCAGGAGGCCAAAAAUGAGUUGAUGAGGCGUCUACAAGAUGGCGAUGCCGAUGCGGAUUAUGACACUGGCGAUGCUGGAACGGUGGGCGACGAGGACUCGCACAGUCUUGAAGGCCAUGCGGAUGGAAGUAUCGAAGGAGACGAAGAAGAUGACGGUGAAGAUAUUGACCGAGACGAUGACGGGGCCGACGUGGACGACGAGGAGGAUGACGAUGACUAUCGCGGUCGUCCCGGUGAUCAACAGCGUGGCCUGCUUACCGACAUUCCUCUUGUGCUGGGCCCGGCAGAGAUUGAAGCAUUGCCGAUGAUCAUCCAAGCAGGUAUCGUCGAUAGCUUUGGGCUCAAGGGUGGUGAGCGCAAUGGCUCCAAGAACAUGCAAGCCCUGCGGUGCCAUAUCCUUCUCACACAGGAGACUGGCCGCAACCUGCUCCGUGAGCUGCUGAUCUUUAUUGCGGCAUGGGAUCUCCCAGACGACGAACUCUAUUUCAAGAUGAUGGUUCAAAUUAUGGAAGCGGUUCUUCGGAAUGGUCUGAUGUCGCACGCCUACACGGAUUUCGGCCAACCGAAAGACAUCAUCUCGCCAGCCCAGGCAGUGGUGAUCAAGAUCCUGACACACAUUUUCCGCGCCAAGUAUUCUCCGGCUUCGGUGACGGGCUCUUCUCAGACCGGUGUCCCGCGAAUCCCAGCAUCACUCAGCCGUGUGGAUAUUCUCACCGUCCGAUACAUCUUCACCAUCUUCCGUGGUAACAUCAUUCCGGAGACCUGCGCCUUGAUUUAUCUGCAAGGCCAAAUCCGCGCCGGAAACGCCCUGCCUGAGGACUUCCCGCUCAACCUGUGGGACAUGGAGAGAGUCUACGAGGGAGUGUAUCAGUUCUUGGAAUUCUUCGCCGUCCUUACCGAGAACAACGACUGGAAGAACCUGUUGGUCAAGUGGGAGAUUGUCUACGACCUGGUCACGCUCAUCAAGGAGUUGGAAGCCAGCAUCCCCAAAGGCCAGUUUAACCAGCUCUCUUUCGGCUCUGUUCCUCCGCCUCCGCCUCCGCCGCGCAGCCACUCACCCGACGAUAACUCCACGCCUGCUUCCCCAGCUCCAGUGGCCGUUGAGCGACCCUACGACCCGAGCGAUCCUGACGCUCUCGACAACGAUGCCGGCAGCGGGGACUCUCGCCCAGAAUCCCCGCCAAUCACCGAGGACCCGUCUGAGUUUGAGUGGCGUAAUCUCAAGAAAUUGGUGGUUCUGGUCCUUUCAUCGCUGGUGUGGAAGUCCUUCGAAGUCCAGGAGCAGAUCCGGGGGUACGGUGGUAUCGAUGCGAUUCUCCUCUGCACCAACUUCGAUGCCCACAAUCCUUACAUCAAGGAGCAUGCCGUGAUGUGCCUCAAGUUUUUGCUGGAAGGGAAUGAAGAGAAUCAGAAGGAGGUUGAAAAGCUUCGGCCUGAGGAGGUUGCCAGGGACGAUAGUGGCAUACUGGAAAAGAGUGGUUACGAGGCUAUGAUUGACCAGACUGGCAAACUUGCCCUUCGGCCCAAGGGGUCACAGUAA